AAUGCUUACCGAUCUACUACGCCCACUGAUUUUGUAGUUGCUGCCCGAGAAAGUUGUAAAGCAGUCGUCUUUAUUAAAUCUGACGCCAACCAGACAGAUCAGAAUAAUACGGCUAUGAAUUCUGGUUCUGGUGUCAUCAUUAGCCAAGACGGAUACAUAGUGACCAAUCAUCAUGUGGUGGCUGGUGCAAAAAAUAUAGAAGUUCUAUUUAGCGAUAAUAGGGUCUUUGUGGCUAAUCUUGUUGGUACUGACCCAAGUACUGAUUUGGCUUUGCUAAAAGUAGAAGUGCAAAAUAUGGACUAUCUUGUCUUUGGCAAUUCUGAUUCUCUCCAAAUAGGAGAGUGGGUCAUGGCUAUAGGUAACCCUUUCAGACUUCAAUCUACAGUAACUGCUGGUAUAGUAAGCGCCAAAGCUAGAAAUAUUAAUUUGCUAGAAAACCAAGGCAUAGAAUCAUUUAUUCAGACAGAUGCUGCCAUAAAUCCCGGAAAUAGUGGAGGAGCUCUGAUUAAUACAAGGGGAGAUUUGGUUGGCAUUUGUUCUGCUAUCCUUAGUAAUACAGGAAGAUAUGAAGGUUUUUCUUUUGCCAUACCUGCCAAUCUUACUAGAAAAGUCAUUGCUGACCUUAAAGAAUUUGGCGCCGUCCAACGUGGCUUUUUAGGAAUUGAGAUUGAAAAUGUAGAUAAUGAAAUGGCAAAACGUCUCGACCUUCCUGAAGUUUCUGGAGUAUAUUUGGCAUCUGUAUUUAAGAGCGGAAGUGCAGCAGAUGCAAAACUGAGAAACGAAGACGUAGUGAUAAGCAUCAAUGGUACAAAAACAAAGAACACUGCAGAAUUUAUGGAACAAGUAGCUGCUUAUAGACCAAGUGAUGUGAUAGAAGUAAUGUACGUUAGGGCAGGUGAAGUAAUGUCUACAAAAGCAAAGCUAAAAAACCAAAUAAACUCUACAGAGCUAGUAGCAGUGAGAGAAGAUGGAAUAUUGAAGGAAUUGGGAUUUGAACUUCGUGAUAUGGACAGCUAUGAAAAAUCUGUAUUUGCACCUAAUGGUGUCGUUGUCGUCUCAGUAAAAAUGGGAAGUAUCAUUGGGAAUACCAAAAUGGAACCUGGUUAUGUCAUCACUAGGGUAAAUGAUAAGGAAGUGACAUCUGUAACUGCUUUGAUAGAAUAUUUAGAGUCACAAAAAGUAGUCACAGUUAUGAGCAAAAUAGAUUUAGAAUUUAAUAAAAACGAAGAUACACAUCAACUUACCAUUGCAAAUUUCCUGCAUAAAUUGGAUAAAAUAUAUUUAGGUGGUGGUAAAGAUCGUAUUGAAAAACUACACCAAGAAGGCAAGAUGUCUGCUCGAGAAAGAAUAGAUUACUUGAUAGAUAAAGACAGUUCAUUUUUUGAAGUUGGAGCGUUUGCAGGUUACGACAUGUACAAAGAACAUGGAGGUUGCCCUGCUGGAGGUGUCGUAACAGGUUUGGGCAAAGUGGCUGGUCGUAUGGUUAUGAUCGUAGCCAAUGAUGCCACUGUAAAAGCUGGUGCAUGGUUUCCUAUCACAGGAAAAAAGAACCUGAGAGCGCAAGAAAUAGCGAUGGAAAACCAUAUCCCAAUCAUUUAUUUGGUAGAUAGCGCAGGCGUUUACCUGCCUAUGCAAGACGAGAUUUUUCCCGAUAAGGAACAUUUCGGACGUAUGUUUAGAAACAAUGCCAAGAUGUCUUCCAUGGGUAUUCCACAGAUAUCGGCCAUUAUGGGUAGCUGUGUGGCUGGUGGUGCUUAUUUGCCCAUUAUGUCUGAUGAAGCAUUGAUCGUAGAAGGUACAGGCUCCAUAUUUUUGGCAGGUCCAUAUCUUGUGAAAGCAGCUAUCGGCGAAGAUGUAGACCAAGAAACGUUAGGCGGUGCUUCGACACAUUGUGAAAUAUCGGGUGUUACAGAUUACAAGAUGCCUGACGACAAAACUUGUUUGGAUACCAUAAGAAAUUUAAUUUCAAAACAAGGCCAUGGUCAGAAAGCAGGAUUUGAUAGGGUAACAGCUAAAGAACCAAAAUUUGAUAGCAAUGAAAUUCUAGGUCUAUUUCCAGAAAACUCAACGAAACCUUAUGACACCGUAGAGAUACUGAAAAGAUUGGUAGAUGAGUCAGAAUUGCUUCAAUACAAAGAAGAUUAUGGCAAAACUAUUAUUUGUGCUUAUGCUCGUAUCGAUGGAUGGUCAGUAGGUAUUGUAGCAAAUCAAAGAAUGGUCGUUAAAAACGCUGCUAAAGAAAUGCAGUUUGGAGGAGUUAUCUAUUCUGAUUCGGCAGAUAAAGCUACUCGGUUUAUCAUGAAUUGUAAUCAAAAAAAGAUUCCGCUUGUGUUUUUGCAUGACGUGACAGGUUUUAUGGUGGGAAAAAGAUCAGAACAUGGUGGUAUCAUAAAAGACGGUGCAAAAAUGGUCAAUGCAGUAGCCAAUUCCACAGUACCAAAAUUUACCGUAGUAAUGGGCAAUUCUUAUGGUGCAGGCAAUUAUGCUAUGUGUGGUAAGGCAUAUGACCCAAGGCUUAUCGUUGCUUGGCCGACUGCUAAAAUUGCAGUCAUGGGUGGCACACAAGCAGCAAAAGUAUUGACCCAAAUACAAGUAUCCACGCUCAAAAAACGUGGGCAAGCACCUGAUCCUGCCGCAGAACAAGCAUUAUUUGAACAAACGAAAGCCAACUAUGAUGAGCAAACUUCAGCAUAUUAUGCGGCUGCAAGAUUGUGGGUAGAUGCCAUCAUCGAUCCAAGGAAAACAAGAGAAUUUAUAUCAAAGGGAAUCGAAAUGGCAGAUCACGGUGUGGUGGAGAAAUUUAAUCCUGGUAGUAUGCAGAUGACUAUGGAUGAGACUAAUAGAAGACGAGCCAUUCAAAUAGCUUAUAAUCAAGAACAUAAUAUCUCUCCAACGACCAUAUUUAAGUCCAAAGAAGAUAUCAUGGCCCAAAAAUCAAUCUUAGAUAUCAGGGGUAAAAAACCAGUUGCCUAUAUCGAGCCAGAUGCAAGUGAUAGCCUAGCAGCAGACCCUAUCAUUGCAUACAUGUCCAAAGAUCAAUUGUCAAAAUUGAUCUCAGACACAGAAGCCAAAAUGAAAAAAGCAGCCAAGGAUUUGGAUUUCAUCACUGCGGCCCAACUGAGAGAUGAACUUCUGUCACUUAAGAAGAAA